GUGAAAGGGAGGUAAGGGGAAGCAUAGACCACGACGACGCGUGUUGACAAACUUACCGGCACGAAUAAUGUGUGGCCUGGCCAUAUUGAAUCACUGAGAUGGCAAAUCAGAGUUCCUGGUGCAGCGCAACGUCGUGGCGACGGGGGAGGAAGGCUGAGAAACGGUCUGGGGAACGAAUGCCGAAACCCGCCGGAGAGCCAAAAAAAAAAAAUGGCCAGGAUCAAGCCAGAUCCGCCUCGACGAUACGGGUGGGAAUGGAAAUGCUAGGGAGUGAAUUAGACAGGGAGGUAGUUGGCCAAGACGUGGUAGCGACUGUGGUCGCUGUCGCUGUCGUAGUCGUGUUUAACGCGGUCGCGGCAGGAGAGGUUGGUGGGUUGACGACGGGACGAAAAUUGCAAUUCCUGGUUCGGGGAUCAUGGACGAAGAACGUGGUGGUCGAUACGUCUAUCACAACCAGGAGUCCAGGGCAACUCCUAUCGUCCUGAUAUAUCGCGUUGAGUAAAGUAAGGUAGGUAGUGUUCGUACUGGCUGGCCUUCUAUUCUUGCACUUCGUUCCAAAAGGCAGGUUUUCUCCGGGGGUCUAUUGUCGUGAACGUUGUAAGUAGGUACGUUGUAUUCGUAGGCUCUC